GUCCGGAGCCUGCAUGGGGCGGCGGCGCUGAGCCCAAGCCGCCCCGCUCCCGCCGCGCUCCCGCCCCGGCCCCGCCAUGGCCGAAGCACCGCAGCUGGUGGACAUCGACCCCGACUUCGAGCCGCUGCCGCGGCCCCGCUCCUGCACCUGGCCUCUGCCGCGGCCGGAGUUCAACCCCCCCAGCUCGGCCACUUCCAGCCCGGCGCCGUCGUGCGGCGGGCAGCCCGAUGGGGCGGCCGGAGCCGCGGCCGGGGCCGGGGCCGCCGCCUCUGGAGCGCUGAGCGCCGACUUCAUCAGCAACCUCAGCCUGCUAGAGGAGAGCGAGGACUUCGCGCCGCUGCCCCCCGCCGCCGCCCCGCCGGAGGCUGCCGCCUGCCGCUGCGGGGACUUCCCGGCGCCCGAGGCCGGCUGCCGCCUCCACCCGCCGGGACCGCCGCCGGUGCCGCCGGUGCCCCCGCCUGUGGCCGGUCUGUCACCGGGCCCCGUGCCCGGACAGCCCCGCAAGAGCAGCUCGUCGCGGCGCAACGCGUGGGGCAACCUGUCCUACGCAGACCUCAUCACCAAGGCCAUUGAGAGCUCCCCCGAGAAGCGGCUCACCCUCUCCCAGAUCUACGAGUGGAUGGUCAAGAGCGUCCCCUAUUUCAAGGAUAAGGGCGACAGCAACAGCUCGGCCGGCUGGAAGAAUUCAAUCCGUCACAACCUGUCUCUGCACAGCAAGUUCAUCAGAGUGCAGAAUGAAGGAACAGGGAAGAGUUCCUGGUGGAUGCUCAAUCCUGAAGGAGGGAAGAGUGGUAAAUCUCCUAGGAGGCGAGCAGCAUCCAUGGAUAACAACAGCAAGUUUGCCAAAAGCAGAGGCAGAGCUGCCAAGAAAAAAGCAUCCCUUCAGUCUGGUCAAGAAGGAAAUGGUGACAGCCCCGGAUCACAGUUCUCAAAGUGGCCUGCGAGUCCCAGCUCUCACAGUAACGAUGACUUUGAUAACUGGAGUACAUUUCGACCUAGAACGAGCUCUAAUGCUAGCACAAUUAGUGGAAGACUUUCUCCUAUUUUGCCAGAGCAAGAUGACCUUGGAGAUGGGGAUGUGCACUCCAUGGUAUACCCAUCAUCAACCACCAAAAUGACUUCUACUCUACCAAGCCUUUCAGAGAUGAGUAAUUCUGAGAAUAUGGAAAAUCUUUUGGAUAAUCUCAAUCUCUUAUCACCUAAUACAUCAAUGACUGUGUCAACCCAGUCUUCAUCUGCCACCCUGAUGCAGCAAACACCAGGUUACUCAUUUGCAUCCUCAACCACAAGUAUAGGUUCACCAAAUCCUGACUACAGGAAAUUCACUUACGCUCAAGCUAGCAUGAGCUCCUUGUCCCAGAUUCCUAUGCAGACUCUCCAAGACAGUAAGUCAAGCUACGGAUCGAUGAGCCAAUACAACUGUCCUGCGGGACUUCUGAAGGAGUUACUGACCUCCGACUCUCCGCCGCACAAUGAUAUCCUGGCAUCGGUGGACACUGGUGUUUCCCAGGCUGGCGGCAGGGCGCUGGGCCAAAGCGUGCUGAUGGUCGCCAACUCGGUGGUGCCCAACUACGGCAGCCAGCCACCCCACAACAAAAUGAUGAACCCCAACGCCCGCCCUCACCAGGGGCAUAACCAGCCAGCAGUCAAUGGCCGUGCCUUGUCACACACAGUGAACACCAUGUCGCACACGUCGGGGCUAAACCGCCUGUCGACGGUGAAGACUUCGCUACAAGUGCCUAUGAGUCACCCGAUGCAGAUGAAUGCCAUGAAUCCAUAUGCCCCUGUUAACAGUUGCAAUGGCUACGGGAGGGUGGGAAUUGUUUCCCUCCACCAGGAGAAGCUUCCCAGUGACUUAGAUGACAUGUUAAUUGAACGGUUGGACUGUGACAUGGAGUCGAUUAUCCGUAAUGACCUUAUGGAUGGAGAAACGUUAGAUUUUAACUUUGACAGUGUAUUGCCUAACCAAAGUUUUCAGCACAGCGUAAAGACAACCACACACAGUUGGGUGUCAGGCUAGGAUGUAGUAGGAGGCUAUGGUUAAAUUCUCCAGACUUGUCUGACAGCAGGAACUGAGAAAAGCAGUACAAAGAUGUCCUUCACCUUUCUUUUUAAUUUUCUUGACAAAGCUGUGCGCAUGCACUAACUUUUUUGGUUUUUUGGUUUUUUUUUUUUUCCUUUUGCCUUCCUUUCGUCAGAGUUGGCAGCAGAGAGAGUAUUUUCCUGUACAGGAUGUUUGCCCAAGGUUUGCAGGUUAUGUGCUGCUGUAGAUAAGAACUGUGCCAUUGGAAAUUUCGUUACUCUGAAGUGCCAAAUUCACUACACCAUAUAAUCACAGCAAAGACUCUUACUUACAUCAUGUUGUGCUUUCGGUUUUGUACAGUAUGAUCUGUAGAAGAAGAAUUGUUUUUUAAGACUAUCUGUUUCGGUCUAAGAAAAGUUUAUAAACUUUUGUAAGAAUACUGUGAUGAUCUCAUGCCCUAAGUAAGUUUAACCUUCGUUGAUGUUACCUGUGUUUUGAUGAAUUGAGAUGACUGUGGACUUGCCUUGCAGCAGUAUGAACUGCUUUAUUUUACUCAAAAUUGCCACACAUUUCAUAUGGGAAUAGAAUAGCCUGUUAAAUAUGAUCCUACUAAACUCACUGACUAUUCCAAGCAACCAGUAGGUUAAAUGCCAUUUGAUAAUUUACCUGUAUUUGUGUAAAUUUAUGCAAGAAUAUAUCUGGAUUUCAUUGUCAGAUUAAUCACUUUAUUGUUGGGCUUAAGAUAAUUUUUGGAAUACUUUCCAAGUUAUUUUUCUUAUAAUUAAAUUCUACUUUUGUUACAUAGGCAACUUUACAAAAAAUAAAUCUGAGAUCUGGCAGCAUUCAUAACCUCUUCAUUUUGUACAGUAUUUUAACUGGAUUAAGUACAUGUUUUUAUAAAUUUCCCUAGCACUUGGGAGUGCUAAUAACAGAAAAGCUUAAUAAGGAUCUUGAAUACAAAACAUUUCUGUCCCUUUUUUUGUUGUGUGAUAUAUAAAUAUAGACAAUUUUAUGUUUAGAAAUAUUUAAUCAGUUUUAUAUAUGCAUUUUUAGAAAUGUCAUCUGCUUCUAUUACCAUUUUAACUACCAUGAAGUGUUAAGUAUUCAUUGUUAAGAUGCUUGUACAAUGCUUCACAUUUAUAUUUAUUUCAUGGAGGUCUCAUAAUGUUUGUGCACUCAAGAGCAGGACCUUUUGUGGAAAAUUUGUAAUUGUAGUAAAAUUAAGGACAAAAUUGUCAUUUGUCUUAAUUAGCACUAUUGUAGGGUUCAUCAGUGUUUCUGUUGUAAAGCAGUAGAUUUGAAGAGGCAAAAAUGCUACUUUUGAGUGGGAGGCUAAAACUUUGACCUUAUUGCAGGACAAAAAAUUACUUUUCCAAAAGAAAGAUAAAGUAAGUGGCAAAGUUAUACAAAUGCAUGAGGUUUAGGAUAGGGGAGAGCAUUAAUAACAGAGAUCUUGUUUCUGUGGAAAAAACUGGUCUUGCUAGAGUAAGCACACUGACAGCUACCUGAGCUUUUUCAGGACUAGGUCUUAGAAGAAUCGAUUUCUGAUUUUUUGUAAUUGCAUGAUGCAGUUUUCAUGGAUGUGUGACAAAGAGGCCUCCCCUGUCUUUUCACUGGUUGCUACACAACAUUUGUGUUACAGAAAUCCUUGGAGCUUUUUUUUAAUGCACUGACAGAAUUAACGGUUUGGGGUUUUUUUUGCUAGGGCUGGUUGUUAUGAAUAAGGGGAGAAAAAAAUAUUUUUACACUGAUUUUUCUUUUGUGUAAACAGCUCACAACCAGAAAAUGUCCUAAUUGAAACUCAUCUUUCCUGUAGUGAUGGUGUAUGGUGGAGAAGGAAACAGGACAUGCCAAGUAAAUGAAGUUUAGUAACAAGCCAUAUAUUUAAUGAACCUGUUACGACUUUCCUAAGGCUCCGCAAUGUAUUUAUUGAUGUGCUAGCAUUUAGCUCCCUGUUGGGCUUAAAUCACUGCCAAUUACAGCUGGUCCUACUUUUUUAGAUACACUAUUACGAUUGUCAGGCAGUUCCAGAGCCUGAUGUGAUACAGGAUCUUCCCCAGUGUGAAGUUGGUCUUUGAACUUGUUUUGAGCAAAAUCAAAUGUUUUUAGUGCUGAAGCCUGAAUGAAGCCACCUGCUUUUACGGGCAGUAAAAGAUUUCCAGUAGCAUCUUCACCAUCAAAUGCCUAGUCUCUGAAACAUGGUAGUAAAUCCUGAGAGUGGAGCAAGUGGAGGGCUCAUACAGGGGCUUCUGAAGAUCAUUCUGUCUGAUGCAUGUGCAAAAAUGUUUGCUCCCAAAUAGGCACUGAUACACAUAGGCGAAAGUUGUCAUAAAAUCCACCUCUGCAUGUGAAGAAAGCAGUAAUCAAUGCUAUGCUCCAUGGGGAUGCAGCUGAACUUGCUACAUUUAACAAUAUACCUCCUGUUUAUUAUUUACUGCUACUGUAUAACUUCCUGUAAACAGCUAUUUUAUUCCUUUCCUUUUAUACCUAUGAAUAACAUAAAUGUAGCCUUACCUUAAAUACAGCAGUCUAUAGAAAGCCCUUUUAAUUAUUGUGAGGAAACGGUUGUAGGUAAUCAGAGAUUUGGGCUGCAUGGUCUAUUUGGCUUUUUUUGUUUUUUUUUUUUUUUAAUUUUGAGGGGUUUUUUUUGUUCAUUUGUUUGGGGUUUUUUGGUUCUGUUUUUGGGUGGUUUUUUGUGGUGCCAUUCUAAUGUUUUGCAGUUGUAAUUCUGGAAUACUGUGAAGUUGGUGAAGGAGCAUGUUGUCUGCCUUGAAGACAAACAUUAUGUGACCUCUAGUUAUAAAUCCUUUUUCAGUAAAAGUACCAAGUUUCUGGAGUAACUUAGUUUGUCAGAAUUGUUGUAAAUUAUUGGUUUGUGAAUUGUGCAGAUGAUCUUACCUAUGCAGCCUUGUUUUUGACUUUUCUCUGGUUUGUACUGUUAUUAAAAGUUUAUUGUAUUAUAGA